AUGACAACUACUCUACUACUCUACUAUGAUCAUUAUUUGAAAUUAAAUAAGAAAUGGAGAUCAAAUGGAAUUGUUUCAUUGUUGACUGGUGUGAUCAAUAUUAUUGGAACUGCGCCAAACUAUCUCUAUGGACAUGAUGCCCGAUCUGGCUACACUAUCAACUACCCUGUGCAGAGGGGGCUGGUCUCUGACUUUCCCAACAUGGAAAGAUACUGGUCUGACUGUUCAUACAACAAACUGCGUUUGAUGCCAAAUGAAGCUUUGGCCAUCAUAUCAGAGUGCACAGGAAACACUCCAUCCAAACGUCUUCAAAAGGCCAAAUACUUUUUUGACACUCUCAAAGUGCAAAAACCAACUUUUGUUAAUCAACAAGUAGCAGCCCUCUAUGCAACCGGAAGAAACACAGGUGUGGUAGUAGAUAUUGGUGGCCAUUCCAUCCACAUUGUUCCUAUUAAAGAUGGAUACAUCAUUACCAACGGUGUCGAGACUCUCUAUUAUGGCGGACGAGAUAUAACAAAUUACUUGUUCAAACUCAUCAAUGAAAAACAACCCAAUUCUGUCACCACUACACUUCAAAUUGAUGAUGUCCGAGUUGGAAAAGAGAAGAAUUGUAAGGUCGCACCAGACUCUGUCACUGCAGCCGCCUCCAACGGUCUAUCUGGAUCAAUCACACUAUCCAACGGUAACAAGCAGAUCUAUGUUGGAGAGCUAUUUUUACCAUCAGCAAUCAUAAACUCUGUUGAAUCUAGUGUAUCUGUUCACAGACAAUCGUUGCUCAACAACAUUGUAUUGGCUGGUGGAUCAUCCAAUUUCCCUGGUCUAGCAGCUCGUCUCAAAACUGCAAUUACAGUUGCCUAUCGUCCAGGUGCAGUCUUUAGUAUCAUUGCUAAACUUCCCCAAUUUAAAACCAAACUGUUUUCCUCACAAGAGAGGAAUUCAACAAAGAUGGUAAAACAAUUGAAAAUUAUAUUGACAGAAUUAAAUUUAAUCUUGAUGAUGGAUGAUGAGGCCUUUUGUUGA